AUGGGGAUGACAGACUUGCCUGAGAUUGACCACGCACGGCGUGCAGACGUAGAAAAGGCUGCUAAUCAUCGCGGACCGGACCCAAACUUGGUCGGGUGGGAGGAAAAUGACCCAGAGAACCCGCAUAACUUCUCGACGCUCUACAAAUGUUGGAUUACUUUCCAGCUCGGCAUGCUGGCCCUGAGCGCCAGUUUAGGCUCGAGUAUCAUCUCCCCCGCGCAGACCAAGCUGGAAGCAUACUUAGGUAUUAGCGCCGAAGUCAGCAUUCUCCCAGUGUCUCUUUACAUUCUUGGUUUCGCUUUUGGGCCACUAUGCUGGGCUCCUAUCUCGGAAAUCUGGGGACGCCGCUGGUCGAUGCUCCCGGCCGUGUUCCUGCUGGGCAUUUUCAGUAUCGGUACCGCAACGAGCAAGAAUACCGCUGCCAUCCUCGUCACCCGAUACUUUGCAGGGGUUUUCGGCUCGGCUCCGGUCAGUAAUGUAUCGGCAGCCCUGGGGGACUUCUUUCAUAUGAAGGCGCGCGCCGUUGCCAGCACAUCCUACGCCAUCUGCGUUGUGGGCGGACCAACUAUGGGGCCAAUCAUUGGCGCUGCCCUGGUCAACAAUCCACGCCUGGGUUGGCGCUGGACCGAGUAUAUUGAGGCGAUCAUCGUCUUUUUUGUCUUCACAGUCACCUUCUUCUGUUUACCGGAGGUGUAUGGCCCCGUCCUGCUACAUAAAAAGGCGAAGCGCCUGCGCAAGGAGACCGGCAACCAAGAGUUAUACCACCCCCACGAGCAUAUGAAAAUCGAUGCGUAUAGUAUUGUCACCAAGCAUUUCUCCCGCCCGCUGGUCAUGCUGGUGACGGAACCAAUGGUGGCGGUUAUUGCGCUAUACGCCUCGUUCACCUAUGCUCUACUUUACCUCACCCUUGAAGUGUUCCCCAUUGUCUUUGCCGAUAUCCGCCAAUGGAAGCCCGUUGUUGCCACCUUACCCUUCAUCGGCCUCUUUGUUGGCGUCCUGCUGUCCGCCGCGUUCAUCAUUCUCGUCGGCCAGCCGUACUACAUCCGCAAAUGGGAAGAAGGCGGCGGGAAACCGGUCCCAGAGGCACGUCUGAUGCCCAUGGCGGUUGGAGGGUUUUUGUUCGCAGGGGGCCUCUUCUGGUUUGGCUGGACAGCGGAACCCUCCUAUUCGUGGGGGCUCCCUGUCGUAGCCGCGGUGGUGUUCGGGUGCGGAUUCUGUAUCAUCUUUGGCCAAUGUAUCAAUUUCCUCGUCGAUACCUACGGGCCAUACGCGGCCUCAGCCACUGCCUCUAACACAUUUUUGCGAAGUGUACUGGCUGCUGCAUUCCCCCUUUUCGCUCAACAGAUGUUCCACAAUCUCGGUGUGGGACCAGCGAUGUCGAUCCUUGGGGGUAUCGCAGCGGUACUGAUUCCGGUUCCUUUUCUCUUCCGGAUUUACGGCGUGCGGUUGAGAAAGAUGUCGAGGUUUGCGCCUUUUAAAGGGUAA